UCCACAGACAUAUUGGUUUAAUAUUGGAUACAAAACUGAUGAUAUUUUAAAAAGUUUUUAUAGUCAGAGUCUGUUUUUAUUUUAUUGCCAAAAUAGUCAUAUGGUCAUUAGAUACUGGUAUAAUCAGCUUUUUUUUAACCUCAGAGUUUGAUUUUACAUUUGGUCCUAAUCCCUUGUACACUUCCAUAUUAAAUUGAGUAUGUUUUAUAACACCAAAUAUAUUAUAUGAAUAGUGAAAAUUGCCUGGUAGAGAAUUAUUAUUUUUAUGUGGCAAUAUAAAAUUUCUGUAUACCUUAGUUAUGAACAAAGGCUAAUGAGGGGGAGAAUUGGUGUAUCCACCAACAGUUUUUCAAACACUGACAAGGAAGGUCGGACUCAGAAACAGUACCCCGAAUACUAUGGAAAUGAUGAAAUUUGGCUGUGGGGAACAGGCCAGCUUGUCAAGCACAGAGAUCCCCAAAGAAUCCUUGUCCCCUCCCCCAAUCCCCUGCCGGAAUGUUUGGUUUUAAAGAAUGAGCAAAUUAACGGAUAUCAGGAUAUCAGAGGGGAUAUCACUGGGACUGAGGAUAAAGGAUAAUUUGCCUGAGUUACAAUACUGGCUGAAUCAUUACAUGAUUUCUCUUGGGAUACCCCUUUAUGAGGAUUAAAAGAACUUGCCCAAGGAGUACAAAAGCUGCUCCUCUUGGAAGGAAGUCAUAGAAUAUAGAAACUACCUGAAGAGCAGGAGAGAGAAGCAAGAGUUAAAAAGAGACAGAGCCUGAAGGCUGUAAGACUCAGAGUUGCGCUGUAGCUUCCCAUAAGGCAGCCGACAUUGAUCUGAGACAAACAUCUGAGUCUCUGAGGGCCUGAGUGUCUCAGGGAGAGCUGCUGCUGAUGGACAUAGGCCUGCAUCAUCAACUGAUUUACUUAGGCCAUAUUGGUGGCAGUCUUACUGAGAGAUGUCUCCAUCCUGCCUUCUCGACAGAAAAACCAGAUGACCUUGGAAGAACGUAAGAUAAAGUUUCAGACUUGGGGUCCACAGAUGAGGGACUUGAGUCUGGGGCUAGUACCUGAACCUUCAAGUCUCAGGAUGGGCAUUGUGCUGUUGGUGGUGGUGACUUUUUUGCCAAGCAUGUACUGUGACUUGGCAUCAGACUAUUAUUCUUUCUAUGAAAUAAUCAUUCCCAAGAGGCUGACAGUUGAGGGAAGGGAUGACCCAGUGGACAAGGCAUCCUAUGUACUGUUUAUGCAGGGCCAGAAGCAGGUAAUUCACCUGAAGGUGAAGAAAGACUAUUUUGUGAGUAAUUUUCCAGUCUACAGCUACCACAAUGGGAUCCUCAGGCAGGAAAUGCCUUUUAUCUCACGUGACUGCCGCUAUGAAGGUUACAUUGAAGGAGUCCCAGAUUCUUUUGUUUCUGUCAACACCUGUUCAGGCCUCAAGGGCAUCCUGAUUAUGGAGCAAAAAUAUUACAGCGUUGAGCCUAUGAACUCUUCAAGGGGGUUUGAACAUGUGUUGUAUACCAUGGCACACCAAGCUCAAGUCUCCUGUAGCAUCCCUUCCAAAGAGACUCAAGUGGCAUCCAUCAACCGGCAACGAGGGAACAGGAAGCUUCAUAAAGCACAGACUCUGUCCUACUUGUGGUCACACACCAAGUAUGUGGAGAUGUUUGUCGUGGUCAACAGCCAGCGGUUCCAAAUGUGGGGCAGUAACAUCAAUGAGACAAUCCAAGGAGUAAUGGAUAUCAUUGCUCUGGCCAACAGCUUCACUAGGGCAAUAAACACAGAGGUGGUGCUGGUUGGCAUGGAGAUUUGGACCGAGGGAGACCUAACAAAGGUCACCGUGGACUUGGAAGCUGCACUCAGCAAUUUCAAUAGCUGGAGACAAAAGAAGCUCCUCAAUCGUGUGAAGUAUGAUGUUGCCCACAUGAUCGUUGGGCAUCAUCCCAGAGAGAAUAUGGGACAGGCAUUUCUCGGUGGUGCCUGUUCAAGUGGUUUUGCUGCAGCUGUUGAAUCCUUCCACCAUGAAGAUGUCCUCCUGUUUGCAGCACUCAUGGUCCACGAGCUUGGGCACAACUUGGGUAUUCAGCAUGACCAUUUGGCCUGCAUUUGUAAAGAUAAACACUUUUGCCUCAUGCAUCAAAAUAUCACUAAAGAAAGUGGCUUCAGCAACUGCAGCUCUGAUGACUUCUACCAGUUUCUCCGUGAACAAAAAGGGUCCUGCCUAUUUAACAAGCCACGGCAUACAGGCCGCAAACGUAGGCAUGCCGUCUGUGGAAAUGGCAUUUUGGAGGGCAAGGAGGAGUGCGACUGUGGUUAUGAAUGUGAUGAUAACCCGUGCUGUGAGCCAACAUGUAAACUGAAGAAGACUGCAGAUUGUAGUGAUGGACUCUGCUGUUUUCACUGUAGUUUCCGAAAUACAGGAUUCACUUGCCGUCCUGCUCAGGAUGAGUGUGACCUUCCAGAGUACUGCAAUGGAACCUCUAAUCAAUGCCCUGCAGACAGUUACAAGCAAGAUGGCACACCCUGUGAUAGAAUUUUCUAUUGCCUUAGUGGUCGGUGUAAGAACCCUGAUGGUCAGUGCAUGAGUCUUUUUGGGUACAGUGCAAAAUCUGCCCCAGAAGAUUGUUACUUUUUAAUGAACCGCAGAGCGGACCGGUUUGGAAACUGUGGCCAUCCCACUGCAACUGUCCCAGAAUACGUUGGGUGUAAAGAAAGUGACAUAUUCUGUGGGAAAGUUAUAUGUUCGGAUGUUAGAGAUCUACCAAAAAUCAAACCCAAUCAUAUAUUGAUUCAGGUCCCUCAUAAAGAUGACUGGUGCUGGAGCAUGGAUGCCUAUUCAGACACUGAUAUCCCUGAUGAGGGAGAUGUGAAUGAUGGCACAUACUGUGCCCCAAACAAAAUUUGCAUGAAUUACUCCUGCACUGAUCACACCGUGCUCAACUACGACUGCCAUCCAGCUGAAAUGUGUAAUGGAAGAGGUGUGUGCAACAAUUUAAAACACUGCCAUUGUGAGGCUGGCUUUGCUCCCCCUGAUUGCAUAGCAUCGGGAGAUGGUGGUAGUGUGGACAGUGGUCCCCCUGGCAAGUUAUUUCUUUCAGGUUCAGCUGAAGGUGACGGUGGCAUUCGUGGUGAACCAAAAGACAAACAGAAGCUUGGCACAAUAGCACUCAUACUUCCUCUAUUUCUUAUAGCAUUAUUGUUGGGUCUGAUUGCUUUUGCCAGCACAUCUCCUAGACUGAAGGCAGAAGCCCCAAAAGAGGCCCCACCUGAGGAACCACCUGAGGAACCACCAGAGGCCCCACAAGAGCCUGUACCAGAAGAGGAAGCAUGGGAAGGAAACGAAGAACCAAAGGCUGAAUUUAAGUAGUGGGAGCAAGAAGGCAAAUAUAUCAAAUACCUGAUGAACUGGGUGGGAACAGAAGGCUCAGUGAACGAUAGGUUAAGUGGGAAUUGAUGGCUCCAGUGAGUCUGAUGGGAUUAUAUAGUCUGUAGAAAUAUGCUAAUGUGGAAGGAUGGGUUUUCCCCAUUCUCCUUAUUCAUUUUAGUUAUGUGGUUACAUUUUCAUAUGUAAAAUCAUACACAAAAGUAUAUUUGCCUAUUCACAUUCCAUGAGACAAUUUUAUUUAAUCUCUUCUCAUGGAUCAUUGCUAUCAAUGUCUUCUUUCUAUAGGGCUGAUUUUUGAGUCACCUAAAAUUGUUUUCCAGGUUAUGCCUUCUUCCAUCUACAUUGGUGGGCAUAUGUACUAUCUUACCAAUAUCUACUGCUAUCACUGUAUUAUUCAAUCUAGUCACAUCUAAACAUUAUGUUUGGAACAUUAUUUAUGUAAUUGUUCUAAUUUGCCCUUUCAAUGUAUUCAUGACAUAGAGAAGAUUUUAAAUAAAAGAAUAUUUUCAGAUGAGGUAUCACUUCAGGAUUCCAGUGGCCUCCUACUAAAGACUGCUAUAUGGAUUUGAUCCAUACAGAAAGGCUAAUCAUCCUGUGUCUGGGUACGUGGGGGAGUAGAAGGCAAACUGGUAUAUUUGA